UACGAGGUCUUCGAGAAGGACCCAAUCAAGUACUGCCAGUACCAGCAGGCCAUCUACAAGUGUCUCCUGGACCGAGUGCCCGAGGAGGAGAAGGACACAAAUGUGCAGGUGGUGAUGGUGCUGGGGGCGGGCCGGGGUCCCCUGGUGUCUGCGACCCUUCGCGCGGCGCGACAGGCCGGGACACGGGUCCGCGUCUACGCCGUCGAGAAGAACCCCAACGCCGUCGUCACGCUGGAGAACUGGCAGUACGAGGAGUGGGGGUCCCAGGUGUGGGUGGUGCCUCGGGACAUGCGGGACUGGGACCCCCCCGAAGGCGCCGACGUCGUCGUCUCCGAACUUUUGGGGUCGUUUGGGGACAACGAGCUGAGCCCCGAAUGUCUGGAUGGGGCCAGGAACUGCCUCAAGGGUGGGCAAAAAAUGGGAUAA